CACUGUCACUGCACUUGAUGAGUCAUUUCUCUAUUUAAGCAGUAAUCACCAGUCUGUUCAGAACUUUAUGCUGAGAGGUAAUGCACACAAGUUUGUAACACCUGAGGGAACAGAUAUAAUCCAGCACCACCUGUCAGUCUGAGAGUUUUGGGCAAGAUGCACGUCCGCCCACGUUAUAUUGUUGACCGCUCAGCUUAUUCAAUUCCGGAUUUUGAUGAAGAAUACCAGAAAAAAAUCAGGAGCUACCCCCAUGCACAAAAAGCAAAGAAAUUCUUCAGCUGCUCAACAGCCAGACUCAAAGCCCUGCUCAUUCAGUUCUUCCCAAUAAUUGCAUGGCUGCCGAAAUACAAUAUUAAGAGGAGUUUAAUUUUCGAUAUCAUAUCAGGUAUCAGUGCUGGGACUAUCCAGGUCCCUCAAGGAAUGGCAUUUGCCUUACUGGCCAGUCUCCCCCCGGUCAACGGACUGUAUGCCUCAUUCUACCCUCUUCUUAUCUACUUCUUUCUUGGAAGCAUACAUCACAUGGUCCCAGGUACCUUUGCUGUGUUAAGUAUUAUAGUUGGGACCGUAGUCCAAGCUGAGGCUCCCAUUGAAAAAUUCCAACACUUCAACGAAACUCUGAAUGAAACCGUCACAGAUGUCGGAGCUAUGAAUGAGUAUCGCAUGAGAAUUGCAGGAACUGUAACCUGCUUAACAGCUGUAAUACAGAUUUGCUUAGGCUUUGUUCAGUUUGGUUUUAUCUCCAUCUAUCUCUCUGAGUCCUUCAUCCGAGGAUUCAUGACAGCAGCUGGGAUACAAAUCUUAAUCUCAAUAUUGAAAUACAUCUUCGGGCUGAACAUUCACGCAUACAGUGGUCCACUGGCGAUAAUAUAUACAUUCAUUGACAUCUGUAAACACCUUCCCAAGACCAAUGUAGCAUCACUGAUUUUUGCUAUAAUUACGGGUGUGCUCCUGUACAUUGUCAAGGAGAUUAACGUCAGAUUUAAACACAAGCUUCCUUUCGCCAUUCCGAUGGAAACUAUUGUGGUCAUCGUUACUACAGCAAUCUCAGGAGGUGCAAGAUUACCACAAAAAUAUGGUAUAGAUGUUGUCGGAGAGGUUCCUCUGGGGCUGCCUCCUCCAGAAGCUCCUCUGGUCAAUCUGUGGGGUGAUAUGGUUGGACCUGCGUUCUCUCUUGCCAUUGUUGGAUAUGUCAUUAAUCUAGCUGUGGGAAGGACAAUCUCCUCCAGACAUACCUACACUGUCAAUGCAAACCAGGAAAUGUUGGCACUAGGUUUUGGUAACUUUUUUGGAUCAUUCUUCCGUAUCCAUGUUAUCUGUUGUGCAUUGUCGGUGACUUUGGCCAUAGAAGGAGGUGGUGGAAGCUCACAGUUUGCAAGUCUAUGCGUAGCGAUUGUGGUCUUAGUGGUACUCCUGGCUUUAGGAACAUACUUGGAGCCACUUCCGAAGGCUGUGCUGGGUGCAUUGAUAGCUGUGAACCUGAAAAACACUUUAUUGCAGGUCACAGACCCCUAUUACCUGUGGAAGAAAAGCAAAUUGGACUGUUGUGUGUGGAUAGUGAGUUUCCUGUCAGCAUUUCUGCUCGGUUUGCCCUAUGGAGUGGCUGUUGGAGUUGGAUUCUCAGCAUUGGUUGUCGUCUUCCAGACACAGUUUCGGAAUGGCCAUCUCGUGGCACAGAUAGGAGCCAGUGACAUUUACAGAAAUCCCAAGGUCUAUGACAAGGCAAAGGAAAUCAGUGGAAUAAAAAUCAUAACCUACUGCUCCCCGUUGUAUUUUGCUAAUGUGGAGUUUUUCAGGAAAAAAGUGAUUAAAAAGUCAGGAUUUGAUCCGGUGAAAGUUUUGUUAGCCAAGAAGAAAUAUCUCAAAGCUGUCAAAAAGGAGGAACAGGAAAUAGAUGCAAGGAGACCAAGUAAUCUCUGCACUAAGCAAGUGUCUCUACAGGAGCUGGUGAAAGAGGUAGAAGCUGAAACAGCUAUGGACUGUAAUAAUAACUCAGUAGAUGAAGCACCCAGAAUAUCCUACAUUACAGUCAACACUCCCAACGGGGUACACGAGGGAACACCAAAACCCCCAACAGAUCCGGAAAAUGUUGAAGAUCCCAUCAAACUUGCACACCCCAUAAUUGACAUUCACACUCUUGUCUUGGACAUGAGUGGAGUCUGUUUUGUGGACCUUAUGGGAAUUAAAGUGUUAGGAAAGAUGUGUUCAAGUUACAAGAAGAUUGGGGUAGCGAUUUACCUGGCUGGUAUACGAGAUCAGGUGUAUGAAGAUAUUGAAUCUGGUGGAAUGUUUGAUGAGGGUGGGCUGGAGCGAAGUUGUCUCUUCCUCUCAGUGCACGAUGCUGUCCUGUACGCAUUGGCCAGGACGAGUGAAAACAGACAGGAUGCAGCCAAAGAGAAAGUUUCUGGUGCAGCAGCUGUCUAUAUUAAUGAAGACAUGUCAAGUGAUGAAAAUGAUAACGAUCAGGAUUUAGAACAGGUCAUGUUUGGAACAAUGUUUGAUCAUAGUGUUGGGGACCAUACCAUUCUGUGAAAAAAUUCUGAAGUACUGAAGAUCAAAUGCAAGUGAUUUGCACUCAAAGCCUCAAGAGCUUUCAGAACAAAUAACUUGGCAAAUGUGUAUUGUAGAGUGCUUUGCACUGGCGUCUGAUACACUAAGUAAUGUUGAAAAAGGCAUAACCAUGCAGGCACCAGUUAUUAUUAAACUGUGCAUCUUUUUCUCGGUUGUAGUAUGCUAUUGCUUAUCUAAAACAAUGAUACUCGCGUGGAAUAUCUUGAUUUGGCACAUGUAAAAGUAUGUACUGUUGUACUUUGUUAACCAUGUUUUAGCUCCAGUUCAGACAGUGUCUCGCCACUUGGUGACGAAAUGCUGAAAGUAGGGGCUCCCACUUUUAAUGCUUUUUUUUCGGACAUGUUCAGAAAGGUGGGAAAAACCCCAGCCUGAGGUCACUUGCAACAUGAACUCUUACCCGAAGUGUGCAAGGUGUCAGAUAAAGCGCUGUGCUGCUUAUGGAUCAAAUGAGAUGUAAUGCCAUCGUAAGAGAUAGAAAACAGCAGAAUCUUAAACGCACUUUCUUAUUGCAGUAGCAGUCAGUGCGUAACGAUAAGGACCCAGUAACCUUGGCUGAUAUUUUUUCCUCCUUAACCCCAGCACUGAAACCAGAAGCAGUGCUCCAUCUGUAACCAGAUGACUUAGUACAACUGGGAAUUAAAUCUAGAGCCUUCCUGGUUUGUAAGGAUCAACAACAUGAAUAGAACCAAAGAUUGCAUUCAUUUUAUGUGUCUCUUUGAAGACCAUUUAAGGAGGAUUGCAGUGAAGCAGCUUAAAUACUUUUUCUUCCACGUUAACCUCAACACACAGAAGUAACACAGGGCAAUUUAUAUUUCAUGAAGUCAUUUAAGUGGUUGGGUUCAAUGAAGCACUUUGCAUUUUGGAGAAUGGAAUAUGGUUGAACUAAGGUUCAUUCUGUGUUCCUUGAACAUUAUGUGAUGGUGACCUUCAUUAAGCCCCAGUGUCACUGUCUAAUGGUCAAGCAAACUGCUGCCUCUUAUUCAGAAAAGCAAAACCCACUCCUGUGCCAUUCCCCCACCUUUUAUUGACAGAAGUGCAUUCAAUGCAUGGCUGUGACAUCUCAAUGUAAGUUAUCUUGACAAUACAGGAAUAGGGUAGGGUUUUUCAUCUGCAUAAUUAUGAAGUAUAUCAUUCUCAAAGUAAUAAAUUAAUGUUUUGUUGCACUCCACUGUGAAAUACAAGCAAUUGUUAUUUAAAUGAUGAACACUAGUGUAUGCUAAUGAUAUAUGAAUAAAUGUAAUAUAUUACCAGUA